UUCAUUUUGGGACAACAUAUUUAUCAAAGUAUUACACAAUGAAAAAUGUAUUAAGUCUGGGCAUUACUAUAUUAGUAUAUAUUUUAAAAGAGACAGAUUCGCAAGCGUGUGAUGCUGAUGCUAAGUAUAGAACGAUUGAUGGAGCAUGUAACAACCUAAACAACCCAGAAUGUGGAAAAGCUAACACUUUGUUUGAGAGAUGUGUUGAUAGAAAUGGGAACAAAAUAUUUGACUAUGCAGAUGGUAAAGGAUUACCACGAGAAGCAAAACGUGGUGAUAAAUUACCCAACGCCCGUUUGGUAUCACAAGCAAUAAUGGACCAAGGAUUAGGACCACCAAUACAGAGUGAUAGAAUCAGAUCUGGACAAGUUGUAUCAUAUGGCCAAUUUUUAUCCCACGAGGUCAUGGAAACGGAGAUACCACCAUUUCCUGAAAAUGACUGCUGUGAAAAUCCUCAAAUGGAUAAUAUCAAUUUCUGCUUUCCUCUUGAAAUUCGCGGUAAUGAUAAGGUGUUACCACCUGGGUGUCUUAAUUUUGUAAGAGCCACACCAAGAAUGGAUGCAGAUGGAGUAAGACAACAGAUAAACCUUGCAACACCCUUCGUAGAUGCCAGCACUGUAUAUGGAAGUACUCAAGAGUUGAACGAGAUUUUGCGUGUUCCUAACAGCUUUUUGCUGAAAACCGAUGACAACCUAUUACCAACACCAGCUGGAGUGAAUUCUUGUUUUGAUCCGAUAAAACCAAACAGAUGUCCAGUUGCAGGUGACAGUCGAGUAUCGGAGUCGCCAAUGCUUAGUGUUCAGCAUUCAGUUUGGCUUAGGGAGCAUAACCGUAUUGCUACAGAACUGCACAUACUAAACCCACAUUGGAAUCACGAUACUGUUUUCCAGGAAGCCCGAAAAAUAAUUAUAGCUAUGCUUCAACAUAUCACAUUUAACGACUUUCUGCCUUUAAUUCUUGGUCGGGCGACAAUGAACAAAUUUAAGUUAUUCUCGCGAGAUGUUGACGAUGGUGUAUUUGAUGAUUCAUAUGACCCGUACGUCAAUCCACAAAUAAUUGAUUCGGUCAACGUUGCAGCACAUCGCUAUGGUCACUCUCAACUUACAAACAAGCAAAACUUCGUGGACGAAGGUUGCAACACAGUUACUGUCAAUUAUUUAAAAGACACGUUUGAUAGUCCGCGACUUGUUCAACAAAACAAUGGUGCAAAUAUUCCAUUUCUAGCAAGACAUUUAGCUUGUACAGCCAGUAACAAGAUUGACAACUUCAUUGUCGAUGGGAUGCGUAACUUUUUAUUUCGUUUACCAGAAGCACCGGGAUCUGAUAUUGUCGCCAGGAACAUACAGAGAGGGAGGGAACAGGGAGUUUCGGGAUACAACACAUGGCGGGAAAUAUGUGGCCUCGAACCUAUCAGAUCAUUUAACAAAUUUGGAAAGUUUGGGAACGCACUUAAGGAAUUAUACAAUGAACCCGAUGACGUAGAUUUAUUCAUUGGCGCUAUGCUAGAAAAAGACGCACGUUUCAAUGUUGGACCUACGUUCCAGUGUUUGUUGGGAAUGCAAUAUCAACGGAUCAAAUGUGGCGACAGGUUCUGGUACGAACGGCCAUGUGAGAUGUUUUCCUUUACAGAAGCGCAACUUAAAUCUAUAAAGGAAAACACACGCAUAUCAAAAAUAUUUUGUCGUAACCUCGGUAUUAAUAAAAUACAAGAUAAUAUGUUCCUCCUUCCUAAUAGAAAAGGGAACAAUAGAAUCCUUUGUGACGAAAUACCAGAUAUUGACCUUUCCCUUUGGCUCUCUGCAGAUGUGGAUCUUCGGGAAAAUCGUUAACCUUUUAUCAUUGGAUAAUUGAUAAAUAAAAUUUG